AUGGAACGGGAGAAGAAGUCUUUGCGCGACAGACUUCGAAGCCUGGAGAAGCAGUCUCGGUCAGAGCCGGAUACGGCAAAGCGUCGGAUGGAUGAGGUGAUAAAGAAGUUCAACGGUGACUUGGAAGAAAAGGGCAAGGAGAAGGCCGGCGUAAUCAAGAUUGCGCAAUUGAAGAAGGUGAAGGUGAAGGUAGAGGCCGUGGGACAAGAAUGGAAGGCCGAGAUGGAAAGACUGACCGCGGAGAUGGGGGAGCUGCAAAGAGCAACAGAGGCAAUCGAGUAUUCGAGAAGAUCUUACCUGGACUCGCGUCUUUUGGAGUUACAGGAGCCGAGGACCUCGACUACUUUGUCAUUCUGGGAAACGUUGUGCAUCUUUGACCCAAUUAGGAGACUUUUGCUUGGCCUCUUCAGCCGAAGAGGUGUCUGGGAGCGCUUUACGAAUCGCCUCAUUAGACACAAUUCUUUUUCUCUUUGA